GGCGUAGGGAGCGGGGCUCUCGCAUCCCGGCGCCGGCGGCUCCCAGCGCCAUGACCCGCUGGGUGCCCACCAAAAGGGAGGAGAAGUACGGCGUAGCUCUCUACAACUACGAUGCCAGGGGACCUGAUGAACUUUCCUUGCAAAUUGGGGACACCGUGCACAUCCUGGAAACAUAUGAAGGUUGGUACAGAGGUUACACACUACGGAAGAAAUCCAAGAAGGGCAUAUUUCCUGCCUCCUAUAUACAUCUGAAGGAAGCAAUCGUUGAAGGCAAAGGCCAACACGAAACAGUGAUCCCCAACGAGCUCCCCUUGAUUCAGGAGGUCACCACCACGCUCCGGGAAUGGUCCAUAAUAUGGAGGCAAUUAUAUGUUGACAACAGGGAAAUGUUCCGCAACGUGAGGCACAUGAUUUAUGAUCUCAUUGAGUGGAGAUCCCAAAUCCUGUCUGGGACACUGCCCCAAGAUGAGCUCAAGGAACUGAAAAAGAAAGUGACUGCCAAAAUUGAUUAUGGCAACAGAAUUCUUGAUUUAGAUCUGGUGGUUAGAGAUGAAGAUGGCAACAUUUUGGACCCAGAGCAGACCAGCACCAUUAGCCUUUUCAGAGCACAUGAAAUAGCUUCCAAGCAAGUUGAAGAGAGGCUACAGGAGGAAAAAUCUCAGAAACAGAAUAUCGAUAUCAACAGACAAGCCAAGUUUGCUGCCACCCCUUCCUUUGCUUUAUUUGUAAAUUUAAAAAAUGUGGUCUGUAAAAUAGGAGAAGAUGCUGAAGUCCUCAUGUCUCUGUAUGAUCCACUGGAAUCAAAAUUUAUCAGUGAAAACUACUUGGUGCGAUGGUCGAGCUGUGGGCUGCCCAAGGACAUCGACAGGCUGCACAACCUGCGCGCCGUGUUCACCGACCUGGGUAGCAAAGACCUGAAGAGAGAGAAAAUCAGUUUUGUGUGUCAGAUUGUAAGAGUUGGCAGAAUGGAGCUGAGGGACAACAACACCAGGAAACUCACGUCCGGACUCCGGAGACCUUUUGGGGUGGCAGUGAUGGAUGUUACUGACAUAAUUAACGGGAAGGUUGAUGAUGAGGACAAGCAGCACUUCAUCCCAUUCCAACCGCUAGCGUUGGAUGACGCCAUUCGACACAAGCAGCUGAACAUAUCAUCCCGUUUUUCACCCAGGGUGGCAGGGGAGAAUGAUUUCCUUCAGACUGUUAUAAACAAAGUGAUUGCUGCUAAAGAAGUCAACCACAAGGGUCAGGGUUUGUGGGUGACUUUGAAACUUCUUCCAGGAGAUAUCCAUCAGAUUAGGAAGGAGUUUCCACACUUAGUGGACAGGUCAACAGCUGUGGCUCGGAAAAUGGGCUUUCCUGAGAUUAUUAUGCCUGGUGAUGUUCGGAAUGACAUCUAUGUCACCUUAGUUCAGGGAGAUUUUGACAAAGGCAGUAAAACCACAGCAAAGAAUGUGGAAGUUACAGUGUCUGUUUAUGAUGAAGAUGGCAAGAGAUUAGAGAGUGUUAUUUUUCCUGGUGCUGGUGAUGAAGCCAUCUCAGAGUACAAGUCAGUGAUCUAUUACCAAGUAAAGCAGCCUCGCUGGUUUGAGACUGUAAAGGUCGCAAUCCCCAUCGAGGACGUGAACCGCAGCCAUCUGAGGUUCACCUUCCGCCACCGCUCGUCACAGGACUCCAAAGAUAAAUCUGAGAAAAUAUUUGCCCUGGCGUUUGUGAAGCUCAUGAGAUAUGAUGGGACAACUCUGAGAGAUGGAGAACAUGACCUUAUAGUUUACAAGGCAGAAGCCAAGAAGCUGGAGGAUGCCUCGACCUAUCUGAGUCUGCCUUCCACCAAAAUAGAACUGGAGGAAAAGGGACACUCAGCAACAGGGAAGAGCAUGCAGAACCUUGGGAGCUGCACCAUCAGCAAAGACUCUUUCCAGAUUUCUACUCUAGUUUGUUCAACAAAACUUACCCAGAAUGUUGAUCUCCUGGGACUUCUGAAGUGGAGAUCUAACACGAACCUGCUGCAGCAGAACUUGAAGCAGCUGAUGAAAGUCGAUGGUGGUGAAGUGGUUAAGUUUCUUCAGGAUACAUUGGAUGCACUUUUUAACAUCAUGAUGGAGAAUUCAGAGAGCGACACCUUUGACACUUUAGUGUUUGAUGCUUUGGUAUUUAUCAUUGGACUGAUUGCUGACAGAAAAUUUCAACAUUUUAAUCCUGUCUUGGAAACCUACAUUAAGAAGCAUUUCAGUGCUACGUUGGCCUACACCAAACUGACCAAGGUUUUAAGAACAUAUGUGGACAAUGCUGAGAAGAGUGGGAUCACUGAUCAACUCUUCAAAGCCAUGAAAGCCUUGGAAUAUAUCUUCAAGUUCAUAGUCCGCUCCAGGAUAUUGUUCAAUCAACUUUAUGAGAACAAAGGAGAAGAAGCAUUCAGGGAGUCUCUGCUGCAGCUCUUCAAGUCCAUCAAUGAGAUGAUGAGCAGCAACUCUGAUCAGACUGUCAUAGUGAAGGGGGCAGCACUUAAAUACUUGCCAGCUAUUGUCAACGAUGUGAAAUUAGUGUUUGAUCCAAAGGAGCUCAGCAAGCUCUUCACUGAGUUCAUCCUGAACGUCCCCAUGAGCCGACUGACCAUCCAGAAGCUCUACUGCCUGAUCGAGAUUGUCCACAGCGACCUCUUCACACAGCACGACUGCAGGGAAAUCUUGCUGCCAACCAUGACAGACCAGCUCAAGUAUCACUUGGAAAGACAAGAAGAUUUGGAGGCUUGUUGCCAGUUGCUGAGUAACAUCCUGGAAGUGCUGUACAAGAAAGACGUGGGGCCAACCCAGAGACAUGUCCAGAUAAUCAUGGAGAACCUACUGAGGACGGUGAACAGAACAGUUAUUUCCAUGGGACGUGAUUCCGAGCUCAUUGGGAGUUUUGUGGCCUGCAUGACAGCCAUUCUAAGGCAGAUGGAGGACUAUCACUAUGCUCAUUUAAUCAAGACUUUUGGGAAGAUGAGGUCGGAUGUUGUGGAUUUUCUGAUGGAAACAUUCAUCAUGUUCAAGAAUCUCAUCGGGAAGAAUGUCUAUCCCUUCGACUGGGUGAUAAUGAACAUGAUGCAGAAUAAAGUCUUCCUGAGAGCAAUUAAUCAAUAUGCAGAUAUGCUCAACAAAAAAUUCCUUGAUCAAGCCAACUUUGAGUUACAGCUUUGGAACAACUACUUCCACCUGGCUGUGGCUUUUCUCACACAAGAAUCUUUACAGCUGGAGAAUUUUUCAAGUGCUAAAAGAGCAAAAAUCCUUAACAAGUAUGGUGAUAUGAGAAGGCAGAUUGGGUUUGAGAUCAGGGACAUGUGGUAUAAUCUGGGUCAGCACAAAAUCAAGUUCAUCCCGGAAAUGGUGGGACCUAUCCUGGAAAUGACGCUCAUACCGGAAACCGAACUGCGGAAAGCCACGAUCCCAAUCUUCUUUGACAUGAUGCAGUGUGAAUUCCAUUCCACCAGGUGCUUCCAGAGGUUCGAAAAUGAGAUCAUCACCAAACUGGAUCACGAAGUGGAAGGAGGCCGAGGGGAUGAACAGUACAAAGUGUUAUUUGACAAAAUUCUCCUGGAGCACUGUAGGAAGCACAAAUACCUGGCUAAGAGCGGGGAAACUUUUGUGAAGCUGGUUGUGCGUUUGAUGGAGAGGCUCUUGGACUACAGGACCAUCAUGCACGACGAGAACAAGGAGAACCGCAUGAGCUGCACCGUCAACGUGCUGAAUUUCUACAAGGAGAUCGAGAGAGAAGAAAUGUACAUAAGGUAUUUGUACAAGCUGUGUGACCUGCACAAGGAGUGUGAUAACUACACAGAGGCUGCCUACACGUUACUCCUGCACGCAAAGCUCCUGAAGUGGUCAGAAGAAGCAUGUGCAGCACAUCUUACCCAGCGGGAUGGAUACCAAGCUGCUACUCAAGGACAGUUGAAAGAUCAACUCUAUCAAGAAAUUAUCCAUUACUUCGACAAGGGCAAGAUGUGGGAAGAGGCCAUUGCCUUGGGUAAAGAACUUGCAGAACAGUAUGAAAAUGAAAUGUUUGAUUAUGAACAACUCAGUGAACUACUGAGAAAGCAAGCCCAGUUCUAUGAAAACAUUGUGAAAGUGAUAAGACCAAAACCAGACUAUUUUGCUGUUGGAUACUAUGGCCAGGGAUUCCCAACAUUCAUAAGGAACAAAGUGUUCAUUUACCGGGGCAAGGAGUACGAGCGACGGGAGGACUUCGAGGCGAGGCUCUUGACUCAGUUCCCCAACGCGGAGAAGAUGAAGACGACGUCACCGCCGGGCGAUGACAUCAAAAACUCCUCUGGCCAGUAUAUUCAGUGUUUUACUGUAAAGCCAAAACUGGAUUUACCAUCGAAAUUUCACAGGCCGGUGUCAGAGCAAAUCAUGAGUUUCUACAGGGUGAAUGAAGUCCAACGUUUUGAGUAUUCGCGUCCCGUUAGAAAAGGAGAGAAAAACCCAGACAAUGAAUUUGCGAACAUGUGGAUUGAGAGAACCAUCUAUGUGACAGCCUAUAAAUUACCGGGGAUUCUGAGGUGGUUUGAAGUCAAAUCGGUUUUCAUGGUGGAAAUCAGCCCACUGGAAAACGCAAUAGAGACCAUGCAGUUGACCAAUGAUAAGAUCAAUAACAUGGUUCAGCAGCACUUAAAUGAUCCAAACCUGCCCAUCAACCCCCUCUCGAUGCUGCUCAACGGCAUCGUGGAUCCCGCAGUCAUGGGAGGCUUCACAAACUAUGAGAAGGCUUUCUUUACUGAAAAAUACAUACAUGAGCAUCCAGAAGAUCAUGACAAGAUUGAGAAGCUGAAGGAUCUCAUCGCUUGGCAGAUCCCGUUCCUGGCGGAAGGCAUCCGGAUCCACGGGGAGAAGGUGACAGAGGCCCUGAGGCCAUUCCAUGAGAGGAUGGAGGCUUGUUUCAGGCAGCUGAAGGACAAGGUGGAGAAGCAGUACGGGGUCCGUGCUGUGCUCUCCAGCCUGGAGGACAGGCGGGGCAGUCGGCCGCGCUCCAUGGUGAGGUCCUUCACGAUGCCGUCGUCUUCCAGACCCCUCUCCGUGGCAUCCGUGUCUUCCAUCUCCUCAGACAGCACCCCCUCCCGGCCUGGCUCUGAUGGGUUCGUGCUGGAGCCCCUCCUGCCAAAAAAGAUGCAUUCUAGGUCGCAAGAUAAAUUGGACAAGGAUGACCUAGAUAAAGAUAAGAAGGAAAAGAAGAAGGAGAAAAGGAACAGCAAGCAUCAAGAGAUAUUUGAUAAAGAAUUUAAAUCUACUGAUAUUUCUCUGCAGCAGUCUGAGGCAGUGAUCCUUUCAGAGACGAUCAGCCCACUGAGACCCCAGAGACCAAAAAGCCAAGUCAUAAACGUGAUGUCCAGUGAACGGCGUUUCUCCGUGUCUCCGUCACCUCCCAGCUCCCAGCUGACCCCGCCCCCCAUAACCCCCAGGACAAAGCUUUCCUUCACCAUCCAGUCCAAUCUGGAACUGAAUGGAAUGUCCAGCUCCGACAUCCCCGACGUUCCUCCCCCUCUGCCCCUCAAAGGAAGCACAGCCGACUAUGGGAACCUCAUGGAAAGCCAGGACUUGAUCAGCCCGACGACCUCCCCCCCUGCCCACCAGCGGCACCUGCCUCCUCCUCUCCCCAGCAAGACUCCCCCGCCUCCACCUCCAAAGACAACUCGGAAGCAAACGUCAGUUGACUCUGGGAUUGUCCAAUGAAGAAGGAAGCAGGUUCUUUUUUCCAAAGAUAAAGCUGUAACAAUUCAUUUCCCUAAGUAUUUUAUGGUAUAUAAUGUUUACCUCAUUCAGGUGUGCAGUAUCUAACAUUUAGUGCAAUGACUCUAACUCCAUAAGAAAUCCAUUUCUAGCCAUGGAACCAACACUACAUCCCCCCCCUUCUGGGGGUUAUUCCCUCCCAUAACUUGAAAGAAAUCUGGAUUUCUACUUGAGACCUGGAAUUGUCCAUCAACUGACAGUACCCUCUUCCUAAACCUUCUCCCUGCUUCUGAGUAAUGCCAGGCACAGAGCUGGCUGUGGAGAUUCAAAUGAGAGCUGAAUAUUUUGUAUCUAAAGUGUUCAGGUAGCUGUGGAGUUUAAACUGAGCUGAGUUUUUGUACCUAAUCUUGGUGUAUAUAGGAAUUGAUGACAAUAUUCACAUGGAAUUCAGUGCACAUUGGAGGAGCUUCGCAGGGAGGUGAAGCUUCUGUAGGAUUUCCCCAGAUAACAGGGCUAAAAAUCAGAUACAAUUUAUUUGUGAAAUGUGCCUUCUCUUUAAUUGGUCUGUGUUACAAAUAAUCCGAUUUGACCGCCCUGGCCACAGGGAUCAAGUGUAAAAUCUCUGGUGACAGGGGGAAAAGUGGCAGCAAAACCUCAGCCCUGGACAUGAGGAGAGCAGACUUCAGGUGCUCAGGGAAUGAGGGAGUAAAGUCCUCUGGAAAAACGCUUUUGCAGGUGCUGGGGUCCAUCAGUGCUGCUCACUUUUCAAACGUCACCUCCUGAGGGCACAGGGGCAGCAGUUCCCAAAUAUUGGAAGUCAAACAGGUGAAGCUGAAGGCCGGCUUGGCUGAGCAGGGAUCUUCUCUUGGCUAUAAAGUGGAAAAGGAAGGUGUGUGCCCAGUGGAAGCAAGGUCAGGUGACAUGGGAAGAACACAGAGAUGCUGCUUGUCACUGCAGGGAGAAAAUGGCCAAAGCUCAGUUGGAGUUGGAGCUGCCAGAAAUGGGGGGAACAAUAAAAAGGGGUUUUUUAAUACAUUCAUGGCAAUUGGCAGUAUAGAAAUAUCAUUGGCCCAUUCCAGGAGGGGGAUGGUCACCUCCCAAACAGGGACACAGACAAGGCAGAGGUGUUUAACACUUUCUUUGCCUGACAGGAGGUCAUGAUGACGGGGAAGGGCCUUAGGGGAAGCCAUACAAGGGGUGACUGAGGGCAUGUAGUGGUUUGAAGCACUUGAUCUGUUCAGCUGGAGGAGACUGAGGGGAGACCUCACUGGGACAGUGGGGAGGCAGGCACUGAUCUCUUCA